AUGCCAGGUAUUCUUCGAUCUGGAUCAUUGAGAACAAAAACUAAAUCAGAAGAGAAUUCUCCACCAUCUGUAUCAAAACGUCGAACACAAACAAAAAAAGAACUUCCGGAAGAAAAUGAAAAUAAAGUAGAACCAGUACGUAAUGUUGAAGAAAUUCGUCGAAAAAAUCUUGAAGAUAAUAAAGCAUUUCUAGAAGGUUUAUUAAUGACACAAAUUCGUGAUGAUCUCAAAAGUUUAGCCAAUACAUUACAACCAACUGUUAAAAAAGAAGCUAAAAAACGUGAUAAUAAAUAUAUAACUGUUGCGGAAAAAAUUCCUGUUCGACGAUCACGUCGUCUUGCACAUAUGGAUGUUGAUGGUAAUAAAAUUCCAUCACCAGAAGAAAGUGAUAAUGAAAUGGAUACUACUAAAGAUCAAAGUAUUACGAGUAUAGUUUAUCGACGACAAAGUUAUAAACGAGAAAUUGAAAUAUCUCCUGAAGAACAAGAAGCACUCAAUCAAAAAAUUCAAACAUUUUUUGAACAAAAUGAUUCAACAAUGGAUUCAAAAAAAUCAAUUUAUGAAUUUUCUGAUUUACAAAUAACUGAUGAAAAUGUUCUUAAAUUAACACCUGAUCGUCUUUUAUUUAUGGAUAUUCAUUCUCGUUCAGAUAUAUUAGCUAUUAUUGGUUGUGAUCGAAAGGGUACAAUUGGUCUUGUUGUUAAAUCUAUCGAUGAUUUGAAUGGUCCAUGGUGUAAAAUUAAUUAUAAUUUUCAUACUAACUAUGCUACAUGUUGUCGUUUUGAUAAUUUUAAUUCAAAUAUUAUUAAUUCAACAUCAUAUGAUUCAACAUUUCGUGCAUGUGAUAUAACAAAAAAUCAAUCCAUUGAAAUAUUAAAAGAUUCUGAUAAUCAUGGAUUAACAGCUUUUGAUUAUCGAUCAUUACAAACUUGUGUAAUUGCUGAAGAUAAUGGUGAUGUAUUAUUAGCUGAUAUACGAGCAAAUCCAGUAUCAAUAGAACGUUUUGAUGUAUCAAAAAAACGUAUACGUACUCUUCAUAUAAAUCCAAUGCAAACAGAUGAAUUUUGUAUAUCUGGAAGUGAUAAUUGUGCAAAAGUUUGGGAUUUACGAAAUAUGUCAACUAUGAAAUAUUGUUUACAAACAAAUUAUUCAUGUUAUGGAGCUUAUUAUAAUCAAGCAGGUAGUCACAUUAUGGCAACAUCUCGCGAUGAUCAUAUAAUGUCAUUUUCAUGUCAUGAUAUGGAAUAUGCAAAUGAUCCAUUAGAUAUUCAACCAAUAAAAAAAAUUCAUCAUACAAAUUAUGUUAAUCGUUUUGUAACACCUUUUACAGCACAACCAUAUCCAAUAUUUGAAUCCUAUUUUCUUAUUGGAUCAAGUGGAUAUCCUCGAGCCGUAACUACAGUUAAUAUUAGUCAUCGAACACUUCCAAUAAUUGUUGGUGGAAAUUCAAGUGGACGUAUUCAUGUAUUUACAGGUCAUAUAUAA